AUGGCUUUCGAUGUAUUUAAUAAUAAAACAAUUUUUCAUCGUGAAAUCACAGAAGGGGUGAAUUUCAUUAAAAUUGGAAAUAUAGAUGAAUAUAAAAAUGAAAAUGUUAUUAUUUGUGGGUGUGGAACAACUAUUUGGGGUUUCCAAUUAGAUGGAAAGGACUUAUUUUGGACUGCUCUUGGUGAUCAAAUUAAUGUGUUAGAACUGUGUGAUAUGGAUGGGGAUGGUCUAAAUGAAGUUCUUAAAAACGCUUCCUUUUUUGCUGAAUUCGAUGAAGGAGACCCAACAUUAGCUAUUAUUGCUAUAAAGCCAGCAACUUUUGCUUUUGGCCUUUCAUCUGGUGUUGUUGGUGUUUAUGGACAAGGUGAACGUCUUUGGCGUGUCAAAACAAAAUCAAGAAUUGUAUCCUUACUUUCAUUUCCUGAUCAAAAUCACGUUGCCUGUGUUUGGCAAAAUGCAAAAGUAAAUAAAAUAAAAAAUAUUUUUGACAAUAAUAUUCUUCUUUUAAUUCCCCUGAGAUUGAUAUUCGUUCUGUAUCUACUGGAGAGAUUCGUACAAAAGAUCAAUUAG